AUGGCUGACAGCACGCCAACCGAAAGCAAUCAAAUCACUUUGGCGCUCUCAUCCACAUAUCUAGAUUCAACCAAAACAAGCCAAGAUAGUGAACAUGAGACCUCAACAGUGACUUCUCCCCAUGAGAGCGGUCACAUCUCAGUGUCCAUUCCUUUCUCUGAGUCUGACAUGAACUCUCACACGCAAGGCUCUGGCUCCCAUACCGUGGGUCUACCAGGGGGUUCUGUCACUGGUACAGCAUCUCUUCCGGGGCAUACUUCGGAAAGUGACAUUGUGCCAGGAACCAGCACCGAUGUUGCAGACUCUGAAGAGACCGCUGGAGGUGCAGGUGAAUCCGGAUCUCCUUCAUCCCCCCACAGUGAAGAGCCCUCGCCCAUCGGUACUACUGGCUCACCAGUGGAGCAGUCUAGUACUGCUACAACCCUCGAGGACUCUGAACUCACUGGUACUGUUUCUGCUUUCCCUGAAGAAUCUUCUGGUACUCUAGUCAAUACCGAAGCCUCUGGUCAAUCGACCGGGACUGUCGAUGCACCAGGAGAGACAGAUGCCAACACAGCAACAGACAUUCUCGCUACUAUUUCUGUUAGAAUCUCCGGUGCUGCCUCUGCCACUGCUACCAACCCCGAGGCAUCUGAACCACCUGGCUCUGGUACAGUUCCAGGAGAGUCUCAGGCUGCAGACAGUCCCACUGUCAUCUCUGAAGGCAUUUCUGAAGGCCCAUCUGGAACUGUUACAGGAGAAGGGGAGGCUAGCAUCACUACUCCUGGUGGAGGUCUUGGUGACGCUUCUUACAAAUCUUCCUCUGUCGGCGAUUCUGAUCCAACUGGAGUUGUCACAGAUGGAACUAGCAACGGAGGCCCAGCUCCUUCGCACGGCUCAGCCAAUACAUCCAGUUUACCAGACCAGACUAUCUCUAGUCCUGGUACCGAGCAAGGUCAAGGCACUGCUACUCAGACCGACUCAGCUUCAGGUACGGAUGAAGCACCAACUGGAUCAGAAACAUCAGUUUCUGGUCCUGACCAGCCCGCCAGCACUGCUCCCGCAAACACCAUUCCGGAUGACCAGAGCACGUUGACCCAGAGCAAUGGCGACGAGUUCACAUCUGCUGCCUCCGGAGAUGUUACCGAAACUCAUUCGGGGGCUAUCACGACAGAUGCAAACAAUGCGCCCACCACUCUUCCUGAGAAACAAGAUCAGACUACUGGGUCUCUAGGGGAGUCGACUGUUGUGCCUAGUGACCAGAACUCGAACGGUAAUACCAAUGAGACAUCUUCAGGUCAAGAGGAUUCCUCAGUCGCCAGCACCACUGAUGCAAAUGCUGCUCAGUCAACAACCGAAGGAGACGAUAUCACCACCAAUCCUGUUCCUGAUAACACUGAUGCAUCAUCUACUGGAUCUUCUGGAGCUGACAACGGUGCUACUACAACAGAGUCGGGACCUUUUGAGACAACGGACUCGAAUGACGUCCGUUCGACAACAGUACCUGGUCCAUCUGCCACUUCCAACUCAAUCACCACCGCUGCCACAACUUCCACUGGUAUGCCAGUCGUGACUGAAGCCCCUCCCGGUUUUAAUCCCACCACAGUCAGCGACCACCCUGAAUGGACUUCCAACACUUGGAUCACCACUACUUCAGAGGGUUCGGACCCAACUGUUGUCCCAGUCCUCGUUGGCUGUAACGACUGUGGCGGAAGUGGCUCUGGGAUCAUUCUCUGGGGCUUUCCUCCUGUCCCCAAUACUUGGUUCCAACUCCCUGGCCUGCCCAAGUUUUCCUUCCCGUGUAUCCCUCCUGCUUCCGGCUGCACAUCAACGCCUGUUACUGAAGAGAUUGGAGAGGACGGUGAUGAAAAUGACGAACAAUCUUCUAGAACUACCUGCACUGACAAAGUUACUGUUACGGAUUGCUUUGUGGCCUGUACAACAUAUACUGGCCCAGCUGGAGAGACAGUUACACCGGAGUGUCAAACAACCUGUACUAGGACACAGACAGGAUGUAGUGUCACUGGUACAACCACGACAUCUUCUGCUGCAGCGUGCGGACCCUCUGGAGACAGUGAGUGCACGGCGUGUACCGUUGACCUUCUUGACGACGACGAUUCCGCGUCAUUGAUGCGAAGGUCUCUGGAGACAAGAGGCGAAGUGGACAUCAAGAAUGACAUUGCAGGCUGCGAUUGGUCUGGAACUGCAGUUGGUGCGCCGAGGUUCCCAGCAUAUCCAGGUGGAAACCGCGUUUUGAACAACGAGGCACAGAUUGUGAAGGAUAAGUCUCCAUUGAAUGAGAUCAAACGAUGGUGGCGAAUGACACGCGACAAUACUUGCGUACCACACCUCAACGAGAUUGAUGAGACUCAGUUUCCCAAGAAUCUGCCUUCAGAUGUAGGUCCUUCCAUUGAUCAUGUUUAUGAGAAGAGCAUGCUCUUGGACUUCUGGAGGUUCAUCAUUGAUCCAGCUGCCCCUGCUGUCGUUGGAAUGACAACCGGCACACCGAACAAGAUCAACUGUAAUGACAUCAAGUCUUAUGGUGGCAUUAACUCGGGUACAAACCUGAUUCAAAAGGUUUUUGACACUUAUCCCGGUAGCCAAGAUGUUCUCAACCCCAAGGAUGUGCAGUUCAUGGAUGACUUUAUUGGCAUGGACCAGUGGACCAACGGCAUUGCAAAGGCCCAGAUCACGGAUCCUCAGAGCAUCAAGGACCAGGCAGACAAGAAGACCAGUAAUGGUAAAGCGGUCAGCCCCAAAACACAGGUCAAGCUCGCUGGGAAGUGGAUCAAUGAUAAGAUGGUCUUCCUCGAGGCGUUGGCAAUCGGUAUCGAAAUGUUCAAUGUCCAAGAGGCCAAGGAUGCUCUCAUCAGACAGAACCUCCGCAUUUACCAAGCUCUAGUUGAUAUGGAUGAGAAUGCAAAGAAUUGUAUGAAUGACGACGCCGUUAUCAAUGGUGUUUGGUCAUUUGCCGACAAGUACCAGGCCUUCAUGACUGAUAGAUUCGCCGGCAACCAACCUCAUUCCAUGAACCAGGGUGUUAUCUAUUCCAAGAACAAGCUUCUCGCUGCAUUGUCGACGGAUAUUGCGAACGCUGCCAAGAUCAAGAAUAUUCCUGCGGGUGAACUCAACUCUUGGCAAAAGAGAUUGGCCAACAUGCAAGAUGCAAAUCGCGCUUGGGAAGUGUCAAUCACUUUCGUUUGGGCUGGGCCAACAACGUCAAAGAGAGAUACCGAUGGUCUCUCUUGUGACCGACCCAACCCGUCUUUGACAACUGAGUCUAUCACUGAGCCUACUACCGACUCUACUACAUUUGCAACAUCCGUAAGGCCAUCAUCUGACAUGACAACGUCUGAGGAGGACGUAACUUCUACAACACAACAGGCCACUACCUCGAACAACCCACCACCGUUGACGGAUUUCCCAACACUCACCCAGCAAGUGCCCGAUGUCACCAUUUCCACCCCCGAUGGCAGCUCAUGUGCUGAGACCGCCACUGUUACCAACUGCAACGUCGGUAUUGGAGGAGGUCAUGGUGGACUAGCCUGCAUCGAGAGGGAGACCUGCAACUCAUGGGUCAACACCAAGACCACAAGUACCACUCCCUCACCGACACCUACUCUCAUCAAGCCCGAUCCCGGUCAGAACGAGAAGCAUUGCUACAAUAGCGGCCAGAGAUCUAACUACGAGGCAAUCACCUUUGCUGCCGAGUCGUUCUGUCGCGAUGUGGUGAAUGAUCAGGUCCAAGGUCCAGUCUGGUCGAACUAUAAGCUUGAGGGGAAAAAGACACCAUCAGGCGGCUAUCAUUUUAAGCUUGAGUUCCAUGUGAAGGAAGGAUGCAUAUGGAGGUCGAAUUAUGAUGAGUGCAUGCGUUAUAUGAAGGUUCCUAUUGAUAGUUGCAACUGCUCAGCUAAGGGUGAUAAGCAGGGUGGUUGGGUUGAGAAUAACUGCGUUAUAGCUAGGGUUGAUCCUAACAGUGGUCUGUAA